CACUGGCCCUACACACCACAGCCACACUACGAGACAUCCAACACACAUCCGGUAUCCAUGACCAGGCUCUCGGCCUUAGUUCUCGCCCUCGCCCUUGGGGCGUCUCUCGCCCUCGGCGCGCCCGUUCCGUCCUCCACUUCUACCGACCCCGUCCCCUCCGCCACUCCCACCCCAUGGCGGUAUCCCGACACCGACGAGAGCGGAAUAUGCCGCAAGGCGACCAAGGCGACAUGCACCAAGCGACGCCUGGCGCUCGCUCUCGGUGCCGUCUUCGGCACGCUUCUCAUCACGGUCCCGUUCGUCUUGCGGGAUGGUGCGUACACCCGGGCUCUUGCGAAGGCGAAGGCGUUGCCGAGCAAGAUGUCUGCGGGAGCUGCACGCAUUGCCGCUGCAGUGUUGGCCUUCCCCUGUAGGAUGGCCGCUAGUAUAGGUCGUUCUGCGACGGGCGUGUGGGCUGUCAUCCGGCGCGCAGCUCACGCCACCGCGCGCCUCGCCCCGUCCCGACCACCCCCGACCGUCGUGCCAAUGGACGAAAGCGCCUUGUUUGUCGAUGAGAAGAAGGCGAGUGCCCUGCUUGUCGAUGAGAAGAGGGAGAAGCUCGGGCCAGAGGACGAUGCCAAGUCGGUCGCCUCCGCCGAAUCGUCACUCGCACCGUCGUACGUCUCCGACUCCGUCGCACCGGCGUACUCGCCGGCCGUUCCGCCUGCUUAGGCUGUUUGCCACCGAGAUGUUGAUUUAGACCUGUUAGACGUUGUAUGUAUAGAC